GGGGCAUUCUGGGAAAACGCUGUUCAUUUCACACUCAUCGAGUCCCGGCGGGGUGGACUACAUUGCUCAGUCGCGUUCUCUCAACUCUACGGCGACCAAAGCCGUGAGCACAGCGAGCUUCUCCGUCCAUGGCUGAAUAACUCGCUAGUUAGCAUCAUCACCUUCCUUUUGCCGCAACAUAACAGUAACAGUUCCUCCACCGAGUCAAUUGUCAACCUGACUCAGAGCGAGGUAUGGCGCUGCCUCGUUCAUUCAGACUCGCCUUGCUUCUGACUCUCAGUCUUCUCUUGACUCAGUCCGAGUCGGCACCGCAAGCCUUCAGAGAUUCCGGUCACCCUCAGUGGCACCACGGCGCCUUCCACGACGUCCGUGAUACCGUCCGAUCCGAUGUUCGCCGCAUGCUCCAUUCUCGAGCCGAGGUUCCAUUUCAAGUUCCGCUGGAAGUGAAUGUGGUUCUGGUUGGUUUCAAUGGAGAUGGAGGUUACAGGUACACUCUCGAUGCGCAUCGAUUGGAACAGCUUCUCAGAGUUAGCUUUCCAUCUCAUAGACCGUCUUGUUUGGAGACCGGCGAGCUGCUUGAUAUUGAACACCACAUGGUUUACAAUGCAUUUCCAGCUGGACAGCCUGAAUUAAUAGCACUUGAGAAAGCACUGAAGGAGGCAAUGGUUCCUGCAGGAAAAGCAAGGGAGACUGAAUUUGGAAGGGAGGUACCUUUGUUUGAAGUUGAAGCAACUGCUGUGGAGCCAGUAUUUCAAAAGUUGUACUCCUACAUAUUUGACAUGGAUAGUGUGGGAUCUUCUGUCACGGAGAUGGAUAGACCAGUGCCAAGUGCAAUAUUUAUUGUGAACUUUGAUAAGGUGAGAGUCGAUCCAAGAAAUAAGGAAAUUGAUCUCGAUAGUCUAAUGUAUGGAAAAAUUCCUAAGCUAACUGAGGAAGAUAUGAAAGGACAAGAAGGAGAUUAUAUUUAUCGAUAUCGAUAUGAUGGUGGAGGAGCAACUCAAGUUUGGCUGAGCUCUGGCAGAUUUGUCGUGAUUGACCUUUCAGCUGGGCCAUGCACUUAUGGUAAGAUUGAAGCUGAAGAGGGAAGUGUCAGUUCUAGGACCCUACCAAGAUUACGAAAUGUGAUGCAUCUGAGUAGCACACCUUCUUAUCAAUCCAGCAGUGAUAUUUUUCUCGGACAACUUGCCUCUUUGGUAUCAACAACUGUGGAACAUGUUAUAGCACCUGAUGUUAGGUUUGAAACUGUUGAUCUGGCUUCAAGAUUGCUUAUACCAAUAAUUGUCUUGCAAAAUCACAAUCGAUACAAUAUUAUGGAAAAGGGUCAUAACUACAGUAUUAACAUAGAAGAAAUCAGGGCAGAGGUCAAGAAUUUGCUUAAUGAUGGGCAAGAAGUGGUAAUUGUUGGGGGUGCACAUUCACUACAUCGCCAUGAGAAGCUGGAAAUUGCUGUUUCAAAAGCUAUGCGGGGACAUUCCCUGCAGGAAACAAAAAAUGAUGGCCGUUUCCAUGUUCAUACUAAGACAUAUCUGGAUGGUGCUAUUUUAAAAGAAGAGAUGGAACGUUCUGCUGAUGUACUUUCUGCUGGAUUGCUUGAAGUGGCUGACCCAUCUCUUUCAAGUAAAUAUUUCCUCCGCCAGCAUUGGAUGGAUGAAUCUGAAGGGUCAACUGAUUCUAUUCUUAAGCAUAAGCCUCUUUGGGCUUCAUACAACUCAAAACCUGGCAAGAAAAGGAAGAAGGAAGUAAAGAAACAAGGGGAUCUGCAGCCAACUUAUGGGACAAGAGUAGUUCCUGUUUUCGUGCUAUCAUUGGCAGAUGUGGAUUCAAAUCUUAUGAUGGAGGAUGAAAGUAUGGUGUGGACAAGCAAUGAUGUUGUUAUUGUCCUUGAGCAUCAAAAUGCUAAAAUUCCUUUAAGUUAUGUUUCAGAAACAUAUAGAAGGCAUGCUCUUCCAUCUCAAGCACAACGGCAUAUAUUGGCCGGUAUUGCCUCAGUUGUAGGUGGUUUAAGUGCACCAUAUGAGAAGGCUUCUCAUGUACAUGAAAGACCUGUUGUGAAUUGGCUUUGGGCAGCUGGUUGUCAUCCAUUUGGACCCUUUUCUAAUACAUCUCACAUCAGUCAAAUGCUCCGUGAUGUUGCUUUGAGGAACUCAAUAUAUGCACGUGUGGAUUCUGUCCUUCGUAAAAUUCGGGAAACAUCAGAGACCGUCCAAUCUUUUGCGGCGGAGCAUCUGAAAACUCCUCUCGGUGAACCAGUGAAGGGAAAGAAGGAGAAGUCAACCACUGAACUGUGGUUGGCGAAAUUCUACAAGAAAACUACUAAUUUGCCUGAACCAUUCCCACAUGAAUUAGUUGAUCGCUUGGAAAAAUAUCUUGAUGGCCUUGAGGAGCAGCUUGUUGAUAUGUCUUCAUUAUUAUAUGAUCAUCGGUUACACGAUGCCUUCUUGAACAGUUCAGAUAUUCUCCAGAGCACCAUGCACACCCAACAAUAUGUUGACCAUGUUUUGGCCAGCGAGAGGGAUAAUAUGAAAUGCUGCAAAAUUGAGUACAAGUACCCGGUGCACUCUUCUCAAACUUACAUCUAUGGGGGAAUACUUAUUGCUGGAUUCGUUGUGUACUUUGUUGUGAUUUUCUUUUCAUCUCCAGUGCGCUAACUCAACUUUGAAGCUAACAAACAAGUCUUCUAAAGCAUAUCACUGACACCAAUAUGGAAUUAUACGACAAUUUUGAAUGCAUAGCGAUGAAUGCAGGGCAAUUGUAGAAAAAAAUAUAUACUGGUGUAACAUUGACUAGGUUAUGUGUUUUAUGAGUAUUGCUGAGGGAUUUGCGCGUAAA